AUGGAUAUAGUUCUGCAUUACAAAGAUGGCCAAGGUCGCUUGAAUGAUUUACUUCUUGCAACAAAGAACGCAUUGGAGGAAUUUCCUUGUCGUGUGUUGCCUGUGUUCAAGCCUUGGUUCCCAUCUGGUCUUGAUAGAUCUUUGCCCAUCAAACCCAGGAAUGCCCCGCCAGUGAUUUCAUCAGAAAAUUUCGAAGAAUUCAGAAGAUGUAAAUGCCAGUCAUCAUUUCAAGAUCUAGUGAGCUCUCCGCAAAAUGGUGAUUGCGCAGCGGACCCAAAGAAAAUUGAGGUCACCAGUCUCAGGGAGGCAGCCCGAAAUACUGAAGCAAGUGAUCGUCAGGGACAGAGCAGGGAUGCAUCAAAGACGUGUAAAAGAUCAUGGAGUGUCAUCAGUCAGACAGUCAAAUCAAUGGACAGCACUCAGUCAUUCUCGAGACGGUUUCACAAGAUUAUUGAGAGACACAGACUUCACCUACAUCAGAGAGCGAAAUGGAUUAUACGCGAUUUUAACUGUGAUCGCAUAGAAGAUUCUUGGGUUAAGCUAAGCCGUGCCAUUAGCCACUCCAGGCUGCCGACAUGUAAUGCUAACUUUCAGAGGAGCCUUGCACAGAUUUGGGUUUACUGUGAUGUAUUUUAUUGUGAAUAUGUUGGGAAUUUUUUAAAGCAAGAGCUUAAACUCACGGGGUCAAUCGUUUUAGCUGUUCAUAAAUUGGGAAGCAUACUUAGAUUGUAA